AUGCAGUUGUCUUUAGAUCCAAGACGAGCAGAUCGCGAGCGUCACUACAAACCACCACCACCUACCUCAGCACCAGCUGAAGAUCUUACUACAGAUUAUAUGAACAUACUUGGUAUGGUAUUCUCAAUGUGUGGACUGAUGAUGCGGUUAAAGUGGUGUGCUUGGGCAGCCGUGUUUUGUUCCAGCGUAAGUUUUGCCAAUUCCCGGAUUACUGAUGAUACUAAACAGAUCAUCAGCUCGUUUAUGUUAUCCGUAUCUGCAGUUGUUAUGUCUUAUUUACAAAAUCCAGCUCCUAUGUCACCUCCGUGGGCCUCACUUAUAUCAUAG